GCGGUUGCGGAGGGCGUUGGGCGGAGGCGCCGCCGCGGCUGUGGACUCGCGUACCUCAGCGGCGGACGAGUUGAAGAAUGGAUUUGUCGGGGUUGAACAUAUUUAUGGUUCUCCUGUGGAAGAAUUUUAUUUUGAAGAGGCGGCAGUUCGUUACUAUAGUUGUGGAGGUCAUCCUGACAUUAUUAUUUGCUGGUACCCUUUUGUUAACACGCAAGAUUACUGCUAUCCAGAAGACUGGACCUUUCAAUUACUCCCAUCAGUCUGUUGAUGCGUUGCCUCUGUUCCUCAGAGCUGUCUCUGCUUCUGAUCGGUGGGAACUGGCUUUCGUGCCUUCCAAAAGCAUCGUGGUGAAGGAUAUCGUCGAAACCGUGAAAAGGGACAUACAGUUGAAAUGUAAAGUUCAGGGCUUUCCUUCAGAAAGAGACUUUGAAGAUUACGUGAAGCAAGAGAAGAACUCUAGAAGAGUGUUGGUUGCUUUUGUUUUUGACCAUGAGUUCAAAAAUACCGAUGAUCCCCUGCCACUCCAGGUAAACUAUUAUCUGCGUUUUAGUAGUUUUCAGAGGAACAGGUAUGUGGGUUUUACCCGAUACCGAAGCUGGGAGAUAGAUGUCCUCUUUCCAGCUUCUCCUUCGAUGGGACCCAGAAGCGAACAAGACUCAAGUGGGGGGAUUCCUGGGUACAUCACGGAGGGGUUCCUGCUUAUGCAGCACGCCGUGGACAAGGCCAUCCUGAAGCACCACAACAGCACGGCGGCACAGCAGCUGUUCCAAGACGUCAGCGUUUUCGUUCAGAGAUUCCCAUACCCGAUGUAUUACCAUGAUCAUUUCUUUAGGUUUUUUAAUAUUUUCAUCCCCUUAGUCAUCUUGUUUGUCUUCUCUAUGAACCAUCUCACCCUCGUUCAAUCUGUGGUGUGGGAAAAGGAAAACCGGCUGAAGGAGUACCAGCUCAUGAUAGGACUCAGUAACUGGAUGCUCUGGGCCGCCUAUUUCUUCACAUUCCUCACUUUUUAUUCCGUCGUCAUCUUUCUGAUGUGCCUCAUUCUCUUUGCCAAGACGGAGCCUGUGCCCAUCAUCCAGUACAGUGACCCAUCGCUCAUCUUUGUCUUUUUGCUGUGUUUUGCCACCAUCACAAUCUUCUUCAGCUUCAUGGUCAGCACAUUCUUCAGUAAAGUAAAUUAUGCUGUAUCUAUUGGAGGUUUCAUUUAUUUUGCCACCUACUUCCCAGCUACCAGCAUGCCCUCCAAUUACACACACAUGACACUCUUCCAGAAGCUGGCUGCCUGUCUGAGCUCAAAUAUUAUCAUGGCCCUGGGAACUAAAUUCCUAGUCAGGGCAGAAAUGGACAAAACUGGAAUUAAAUGGAGUAACAUGUUCUCACCAAUCACAGUGGAGAAGUUUGUCUUUGCCUAUAUUCUGAGAAUGUUUUUAUUUCAUGCUGUCUUGUAUGGCCUUGUGGCCUGGUAUAUCGACGCAGUCUUUCCGGGAGAGUAUGGUGUGGCCAAGCCGUGGUACUUUUUCUUGCUGCGCUCUUACUGGUUUGGGGAUAAAGCUAAGAAAAAAAAUGAAAGAAAGAAAUUCUAUGAGACAAUUGAAAGCAAGUAUUUUGAAGCGGAACCUACUGAUUUGGUGGCAGGUAUCCAGCUCGAACAUUUGUACAAGGAAUUCCGAAUGCGGAACACUACCAAAAUAGCUGUAAAAGACUUGACCUUGAAUUUAUAUGAGGGGCAGAUCACUGCUCUUCUAGGACCUAAUGGCGCAGGAAAAUCAACUACUCUAUCCAUUCUCUCAGGGCUCUAUCCUGCCACCAGCGGAAAGGCCUAUGUUAAUGGAUAUGACAUCGCCAGGCAGAUGGUCCAGAUCAGGAAAAGUUUGGGCUUGUGUCCCCAGCAGGACUUGUUGUUUAAUUACUUGACAGUAUCAGAACACCUUUAUUUCUAUUGUAUGAUCAAAGGAGUCCCUCGAAAGGUGUGUCUUAAGGAAAUUAGCCAUAUGCUGUCUACUUUUAACCUGCUAGACAAGCGAAAUGCAUUUCCAGAGUCGCUGAGUGGAGGACUGAAGCGCAAACUCUCCAUCAUGAUAGCACUUAUAGGAAACCCCAAGGUGGUGAUACUUGACGAGCCAACAGCUGGCAUGGACCCCCUCUCGAGGAGAGCCACCUGGGGUCUCCUUCAGCAGUACAAACAGGAUCGCACCAUCUUACUGACCACCCACUACAUGGAUGAAGCUGACAUCCUGGGUGACCGCAUAGCCAUCAUGGUGAAGGGAUCCCUGCAGUGCUGUGGUUCUUCCGUCUUCCUGAAACACAUAUACGGUGUGGGAUACCACAUAUUCAUGGUGAAGGAACCUCACUGUAAUGUUGAAGAAAUCUCCAAAUUGAUUUAUUAUCAUAUACCAUCAGCCAUUUUGGAGAAGGAUGUUAAAAAUGAAUUAUCUUUUAUUCUACCCAAAGAGUACACACACAGCUUUGAAGCUCUGUUUACUGAUCUAGAAAAGAGACAGGAAGAAUUGGGCAUUGCCAGCUUCGGCGCCUCUAUCACCACCAUGGAGGAAGUCUUCUUUAGGGUCAGUGAUUUGGAAGUUUCACACACAGAUAUCAUACCUACCCAACCUCAGCCUCCCUCGCUGAUGAAUGAAGUGUCCAUCACGAACCAGAAUAGGAAUAUAUCCGGAAAUUCAACAUAUCCUUCCACCGUGAAUGACAGCCCUGCUAUUAAGUUUAAUACUGGGUGUGCCCUCUACCAGCAGCAGUUCUGGGCCAUGCUCAUAAAAAGGGCCAUGUUCAAUUGGCGCAACAAGAAACUGAUUUUGCUGCAGAUGCUGGCUCUGCUAGGCUCCCUUAUAUUUCUCUCCGAGAUCAAGACGUUUUCAUACAACAGCAAUAAUGAGAAGGCCAGACUCAUGGAUCUGAGUCAAUAUGGCCACACCAUUGUGCCUUUUUCUGUUUCUGGGAAUUCUAAUUUGACUCUGGUUUUCUUAAAACAUCUUAAGAGUAUGCUGGAGCCUGACAAACACACACUUAAGGAAGUGCAAGGUGACCUACUGGAAUACUUGAUGGAAAAUGAAGAUUGUAUUCACGCAUGCAUUGUUGCAUUUUCCAUUGAGGUGACGGCAGAUAAAGUCAUAUUUACUGGUCUGUUCAACAAUCAAGCAUACCAUUCACCAUCCCUGGCCUUGGCAAUGUUAGACAACGUUCUUUUCAUGUCCGUUUCUGGCCCUGAAGCUUCCUUAACCGUCUCCAAUAAACCUCAGCCAUACUCUAGUGACAAUGAACACAGUGACACGUUGUCAGAAGAAAACAAGUUGGCCUUAGAUAUACAUUUUGGCAUGGCUGUUUUGACCAGUGGCUUUUGUCUCCUGACAGUGACUGAGAGAGUCUCUAAGGCAAAGCACAUCCAGCUUUUGAGUGGGGUCAGUAUCCUUGUGUACUGGCUGUCUGCUCUUCUGUGGGACCUCAUUAUCUACUUCAUUACCUGCUGCUUACUACUGGGAGUGUUCAGAUACUGCCAACUGGAUGUGUACCUGAAGGAUUACCACUUCCUGGACACCAUGCUGAUCUUCAUGCUGUACGGCUGGUCUACCAUUGCGCUGGUGUACCUGCUGAGCUUCCUGUUUGCGAAAAGCACUUCUGCCUACAUCAAACUUGUGCUGUUGAACUACCUCUCAGGCAUUUUUGGUCUCCUCAUCGAUGCCAUGUUUGAAUUCGAAAUUCCACAAAGAGUGUCAAAUGCUACCAGGACCUUCAUACUUAAAUCGUUACUGCUCUUCCCCAAUUACAACCUGGCCAAGUGCAUCACUUACUAUUCUGCCUUCUACGAGAUGAAGAAAUGGUGCUCUGUACAAAAUGCUGGUGCCUAUUUGAAUUGCGGUACAGAAAAUAUUACAAAGAGUAUUUAUUCUUUGGAAGAGAAAAUGAUUGGAAAGUAUAUAAUUAUGAUGAGCUGCAUAGGCUUUAUCGGCCUUCUCUUGGUUUUCUUUUGGGAGAUGACUUUGUGGAAACUAAGAAUAUUUUUCAAUCAACACGUUUACUUUGGUAUCUAUAAGGCAUGCAGGAAGGAAAAGUUGUGCAAAGAAUUAUCCGGAGAAUGUGAAGACGAAGAUGUGGAAAAUGAAAGACAGAGAAUCCUGGGCCAGCCACAGGAAGUGCUGAAUUCUGCAGUGCUUAUUAAGGAGCUCACAAAGAUAUAUUUUAAGUUUCGGGUCAUUCUGGCUGUGAAAAAUAUCUCCAUUGCAAUCCAAAAGGGGGAAUGCUUUGGAUUGCUUGGAUUCAAUGGAGCUGGAAAAACGACUACCUUCCAAAUUUUGACUGGAGAGGAGGCUGCUACCUCUGGGGAUGUGUUCAUUGAUGGUUUGAACAUCACUGACAAUAUCCAGAAGGUGAAGUCAAGAAUUGGCUAUUGUCCUCAGACUGAUGCCUUGCUGGAAUACAUGACUGGUCGGGAAAUAAUGACCAUGUAUGCCAGAUUAUGGGGAGUCUCUGAGCCCCAGAUUCAGCUGUAUGUGAACAAAUGGUUGAAUUCGCUGCAACUGGAGCCCCUUGCUGACAAGAUUAUCAGCACCUACAGUGGAGGAAGCAAACGUAGGUUGAGUACUGCUAUUGCCCUCAUGGGGAAACCCUCAGUCAUUUUGCUGGAUGAGCCAUCAACUGGCAUGGACCCCGUGGCCCGGCGCCUGCUCUGGGAUGCGGUGACACUGGCACGUGAAAGUGGCAAGGCCAUUAUUAUAACCUCCCACAGGAUGGAGGAAUGUGAUGCCUUCUGUACCAGGCUGGCCAUCAUGGUGAAGGGAAAGUUCAUGUGCUUGGGCAGCCCUCAGCACCUCAAAAACAAGUUUGGCAAUAUUUACAACCUGAACAUAAAGGUUAAGAUGGAUCUGCAAAAGCAUGAAUUGGAUGAUUUAAAAUUUUUCAUCACAAUGACAUUCCCAGGUAGCGUAUUAAAGCAGCAGGACCAAGGGAUCCUUAAUUACUACAUUCCCAGCAAGGACAAUAGCUGGGCAAAGGUGUUUGGUAUUUUGGAGGAAGCUAAAAAGCAUUUAAAUUUAGAAGAUUAUUCUAUCAGUCAGAUCACGCUGGAACAAGUCUUCCUGAGCUUCGCAAGCCUGCAGAACACAGAAGAUGAUCGAAGAUGAUUCUAAAGCAAAGUUGCCAGGAGACUCAGCUCCAACGGGUGACCCUAUGUCUUCUUAGGCCACUGCCCACUACACCCGGACACAGAGAGGGCCAUUCCUGUGUGUGUGUUUGUCUUGGUGUAGCUAUAUUUAUGUAAUAAAGAGUCCCCCA